AUGAUAAUGGGAGUCAAUCAACGUGUGAAACUCACUGGUGAUGUUCAACAUUUGGCUAAUGAACGUACAGUUUUUUCAUUUUCAACGAGAUUCUAUCGCUUAGUACAAUAUCUAAAUGGUAUAAAAUUAACAUCACAGUAUUCAAAUGGAAUCCUGCACUUUCAGAUUGUUCAGAGUAUUCAUUUACAAUGCUAUCCUCGUCCAAAUGGCUACCUCAUGAGAUUGAUUUCAGAGUAA